AUGGCCGAAACUAAGAAGGAAGUGAUCAACGAACUGUACGAUGCGGCACUAUUGACAACCGGAGUCGUUGGGGUAUCCUACCUUACCAAAACGGUUGCCGGAAAAAGCUUGGGUGCACCGAUGACCCUAGAAGGAGCGGCAAAGCUUGCCGUUGUCGUAGCCGGAAGUGCAUUCACCAUAGGGUACCUUAAGGAUAAGGGAUACAUCCCAAAAAUGAUUGACAAAUAAAAGAAUGAAAUCUGUCGUGGUGGGAGGACUCUUUAAUGCCGUGGCCUUUGCCGGGGCCGGCUUUCUAUUCUCCAAGCUGAAUGGACAAGGAUACAAGGAAGAGGUAAAAAGACAUAACCAAGCCUUAGAGAAGCUUGCAAAAGCCAAGGAGAAGUUUUACGAAUCCGAAGUGAAGCGCAGGAACGACGAGGCAAGACGGAGGGUCGAGAUCCUGGAUGCUAACAAGGACAUCGAGGAAACAAACAGGGCACUGGAAGACCUGAGGGAUUAUACGAGGCUGAUGGAUAAUACGGCAUCCCAACGCAGACCUAAGUUGGAGGAUUACUAUCAACCAUCGGACGAGAUGAAAAGAUACGCAGUGUUGACAGUGGGUAUACUUGGUGUUGGCGGUGCUUACGGAUUAACACGAAUAUUUUAA